AUGGCUCCCGUUGAAGUCAAGAAGAUCUGUUGUAUCGGUGCUGGUUAUGUCGGUGGUCCCACUUGCGCUGUCAUUCCCCACAUCCAAGUCACCAUUGUCGAUCUCAAUCAACAACGUAUCGACGCUUGGAACUCUGACACUCUCCCCAUUUACGAGCCAGGUCUCGAUGAGGUUGUCAAAGCUGCUCGAGGAAAGAAUUUGUUCUUCUCUACCGAUGUUGACAAGGCAAUCGAGGAGGCUGACCUCAUCUUCGUUUCCGUUAACACCCCCACCAAGAAGUCCGGUAUCGGUGCUGGUUUCGCCGCCGACUUGAAGUUCCUUCAACUUGCUACUCGACGAAUCGCCGAAGUCGCCAAGUCCUCCAAGAUCGUUGUCGAGAAAUCUACUGUCCCUUGUCGAACUGCCGAUGCUAUGCGAACUAUUCUCGAAGCCAACUCCAAGCCAGGAUGUCAUUUCGACAUUCUUUCCAACCCUGAGUUCUUGGCUGAAGGUACUGCCAUUGAGGAUCUUUUCGGCCCCGAUCGAGUCCUGAUCGGUUCCCUCCAAACCGAACAAGGUCUCUCCGCCUGUCAAUCUUUAGCAAACGUCUACGCUAACUGGGUUCCUCGAGAACGAAUCCUUACCGUCGGUCUUUGGUCCUCCGAGCUUUCCAAACUUGCAGCCAAUGCCAUGUUGGCCCAAAGAAUUUCUUCCGUCAACGCUCUUUCCGCGAUCUGCGAGGCUACCGGUGCUAACAUCGAUGAAGUCGCUUACGCUGUUGGUAAAGACACCCGAAUGGGAUCUAAGUUCUUGAAAGCUUCCGUUGGGUUCGGUGGUUCUUGUUUCCAAAAGGAUAUUCUUAAUUUGGUAUACCUCUCCGAAUCUCUUCAUUUACCUGAAGUCGCCAAGUACUGGAGAGCUGUCGUUGAAAUGAACGAGUACCAAAAAUCUCGAUUCGCCAACAAAGUCGUUAACACCCUCUUCAACACCAUUACUGGAAAGAAGAUUGCCAUCCUUGGUUGGGCAUUCAAGAAGGACACUGGUGAUACUCGAGAAUCACCCUCGAUCACCCUCGCCAACCACUUCUUGACCGAGAAAGCUAGAAUUGAUAUCUACGACCCCCAAGUCACUGAGUCUCAAAUCUGGCUCGACUUGACUGACUACGGAGACAUUCCCGCAGAGCCCAUCAAGCCCCAUGUCAAGAUCUCCGAGACCGUUGAGGAAGCUUGUAAGAACGCUGAGGCUAUCGUAAUCUGUACCGAGUGGGACGAGUUCAAGACCCUCGACUGGCAAAAGAUUUAUGACAACUGUCCUCGACCCGCUUUCGUCUUCGAUGGUCGACUCAUCCUUGACCGAAAAGCAUUGACCGACAUUGGUUUCAAGGUCAUCUCCAUCGGUACCGGAGACAGAAUCUAA